AUGUACUCUUGCUACGGUACCAAAAGUUACGGUACUUUUUAUCACGGUAUCAAAAGGUACGGUACCAAGAUCACUGUACCUCUUGGUACGGUACUUUUGUUACGGUACCAAAAGUUACGGUACCAAUUAGGUACGGAACCUCUUGUUACGGUACCUUUUGGUACCAUAUCCUUUAAAACGGUGAUAAGGUACGGUACCAAGAGGUACAGUGAUAAAAGUACGGUAACAAGGUACGGUACCAAAGGCAGUAAUAAAAAGUACGGUACCAGAGGUACAGUGAUAAGAGGUACAGUGAUAAGAGGUGCAGUGAUAAAAGGUAACAGUGAUAAGAGGUACAGUGAUAAAGGCAGUGAUAAGAGGUGCAGUGAUAAGAGGUGCAGUGAUAAGAGGUACAGUGAUAAGAGGUGCAGUGAUAAGAGGCAGUGA